AUGUCUAAAGUACUCAAAGAAUAUACCUCGGAGGAGGUGGCCAAGCACAAUCGUGAAGGCGAUUUGUGGAUUAUCAUAGACUCCAAGGUCUACGACGUCUCGCGCUUCGCAGACCUCCACCCCGGUGGCCCAACGGUUCUCUUCGCUGAGAGCAUUGCGGGACAGGACGCUACACAGGCGUUCUUUGGCCUUCAUAGACAUGAGGUGCUUCUCAAACCACAGUUUGCGCGUCUGCAAAUUGGCAAAAUCCUCGGAGAGGAGGAGGUUAUUAAAGCGCCAGUUCCCGGCGCAAUCUCAGAAGUUCCAUACGCCGAACCAACUUGGUUAACAGAGGGAUAUCAUUCCCCCUACUAUACUGAUAACCAUAGAGCAUUCCACAAAGCUCUACGGACCUUCAUGAUGGAAGUCGUGCAACCGGAGUCUGCUCGCUGCGAAGAGAGCGGUAAACGGAUAUCGCAAGAGGUGAUUGAUAAAAUGAGUGAACAGAAUGUCAUCGCUAUGCGCCUGGGGCCGGGGAAACACCUCGGGGGGCGUUCCUUGAUGGGGGGCAUCGUGAAGCCCGAAGAAUUUGAUUAUUUCCAUGAGAUGAUCAUAAACACCGAGCUUGCCCGAUUCGGAACUAGAGGAGCAGUCGACGGUAAGACCAUUACCCAUCUACUCAACGGUCUUGUGAUAUCCUUGCCGCCCGUUCUGAACUAUGGUUCACCCGAACUCCAAGCCAAGGUGGUCCCAGAGGUCCUCUCAGGGAAGAAGUUCAUUGCGCUAGCUAUUAGCGAGGCAUUUGCUGGUAGUGAUGUCAGUGGUAUACAGACCACCGCGGUCCGUGAUGGGGACUAUUGGGUCGUAACGGGCACUAAGAAAUGGAUCACAAAUGGAACUUUCGCUGACUACUUCACCACUGGUUGUCGAACAGAGACUGGGUUCACAGUCAUACUCAUCCCACGCGGAGAGGGAGUGUCCACAAAGCCGAUCAAAACCUCGUAUUCCCCUGUGGCCGGAACCGCCUACGUCGUCUUCAACAAAGUCCGCGUGCCAGUUGCCAACACUCUCGGCAAGGUCGGCGCCGGCAUGUCCGUCAUCCUUACCAACUUCAACCACGAGCGGUGGAUGGUCGUCUGCACCAGUCUUGCAGCACAGCGUCUUGUAGUGGAAGAGUGGUCGUCACAACGCUAUGUCUUCGGGAAACCUCUUCAUUCGCAGGCAGUCAUCCGUGCCAAGUUGGGGCAGAUGAUCUCCCGCGUCGAGGCGUGCCAGAACUGGGUUGAAUCGAUCACUCACCAGAUGAACAACAUGACGUACAAUGAAAUGUCUAGCAAACUCGCUGGGCCCAUCGGUCUCAUGAAACAAUUCGUUUCGCGAACUGCUCGUGAAACAGCUGAGGAUGCGACGCAAAUAUUUGGUGGGCGUGCGCUGACCGUGACUGGUAUGGGCAAGGUCAUCGAGAAUUAUCACCGAACUUCAGGCUUCGAUGCGAUUCUUGCUGGCGCCGAGGAUGUUCUUGGGGACUUGGGAGUGCGUCAAGCAAUGAAGAAAAUGCCAAAGGAUGCACGCCUUUAA